GAUACGAAUCAAGGCAACGAACCUCUCCAGUAUUGUGGGUAAGAUUUGGCAAGAGAUGACAUAUGAAGAGAAACACCCAUAUCGUUUGAUCAAACAGAGGGAAAAAGAAAGAUACCAACAGGAUCGAAAGAUCACUGAGAAAGAUUUCAGAUACGAGUCUGUACCAAACAUUAGAGAACCGCUUAGAGAGAUUGAACCUAAAGAGAAUAUCAUAGAAGAGGAGAUUGCACCAACUAUCAACCAGAUUUACUACUACUCGAAUCCAUAUACUGAUCAGAUUUACAUGACAAACGACCAUGUAAAUUAUUAUUUGGUACCAACACAAUCGCAAUAA